AGAUAAAGUUUUGACGUUCAAAAUGCAGUGAAAACAUGGCGGCGCCCAUGACAUGGAAAAGACUUGUGUUCUCUGGAUAUACUCCUGCUUUUUCCUGGGUUUUUGCGAGGAUAACAGAUCGCUUUUUCAGGACACAUGAACGGAGGAGAGGGUCCGCUGUGCUGCUCUUGGCCCCUCUCUUGGCAGAGGCGGACUCAGCCCCCCUGGCCUCCUCCAGACCUCCAGGCUUCACUGGUGUUGAGGGUCUCCACUCUCGCUUCCACUGGAUGGCUGAUCAUGUACCUGCUUUUAGGGUCCCUGGGGGCCGUAUACGCAUCCUUCACUCACCUGAUGAGUUUUAUCAGGCUAUGAAGGCUCGCAUCAAGACAGCCAGGAGUCGUGUGGUAAUGGCAUCACUGUAUCUGGGCACAGGACCACUAGAGCAAGACCUCGUGGAUUGCAUGGAAGAAGCAUUAGAGCGCUCACAGGAAGAUCAUGCAGCUGAUCUCAAGGUGUCAUUUCUGCUGGAUUAUACCAGAGGCUCGAGAGGUAAGCACAAUUCCCGCACAAUGUUACUGCCACUGCUCCAGCGUUUUCCCGAGCAGAUGAGAGUGUCACUGUACCACACACCUGACCUGCGGGGGCUGCUGCGUCUGCUGGUUCCCGAACGCUUCAAUGAAACCAUCGGUGUGCAGCACAUCAAGGCGUACCUUUUUGACAACAGUCUCAUCAUUAGUGGGGCCAAUCUGAGCGACUCCUACUUCACCAAUCGUCAGGAUCGUUAUGUACUUCUGGAGGACUGCGGAGAGGUGGCUGAUUUCUUUGCUGAACUCGUGGGAGCCGUGGGCGACGUUUCGCUGCAGCUGCAGCCUGACAACAGUGUGCACAUGAUGGAGGGAAUGGUGCAUCCCUACAAAGGUAACAGAGCGGACUUUUCUGAAUCGGCACAGAGACGUAUUAUGGAGGUGGUGAACACGGCCCGUAUCCGGCAGAGCAUGCUGGAAGAAGAAAGUUCGGAGGUGCCAGACUCGGACGAAACAGUGGCAAACGACACUUGGAUCUUUCCACUUGUGCAAAUGAAGCCACUUGGCAUUCAUCUGGAUGAACAAGUAACCAAACGGCUGCUCACAGAGGCAGGUGGAGACUCGGUCGUCUACCUGACAUCGGGUUACUUCAACCUUACGCGCACCUACAUGCAGCUGGUGCUGGGCGCAGCAGCAGACUACCGUAUCCUCAUGGCCUCCCCAGAGGUUAAUGGUUUUUUUGGAGCCAAAGGAGUAGCAGGAGCAAUUCCUGAAGCCUAUGUUCACCUCGCCCGACAGUUCUACAAUAAGGUGUGUCAGCUGGGUCAACAGAGUCGUGUCCACUUGCAUGAAUACCAUCGCCCAGAUUGGACAUUUCAUGCUAAAGGUCUGUGGUACUACGUGGGAGGAAAAGACCACCCCUGCCUCACUCUCAUUGGCUCCCCAAAUUUCGGCUAUCGCUCCGUGCACAGGGAUCUGGAGGCUCAGAUUGCCAUAGUAACAGAGAAUGAGGAACUCCAGAUGCAGCUGCAACAGGAACAGGAGGUGUUAUACCAGAGUUCAACGCAAGUGUCAAACUCCACGUUUAAUCAGCCAGACCGACAUGUAAAGCUGUGGGUGAAACUGGUUACUCCACUCAUCAAGAACUUCUUCUAAAGUUCGACAGGCCUGAGGUGAUGGAUAUCUCACUAUCUGUGACAGAUGGCAAAUGGGACUACACGUGUGUGAAUUAUAAGAGGCAUUUGCAAAUAUUGAUGGUUUGCUGGAUGCAGAUGGCUGUGAGAUGAGCUCCAGCGACGUUGGAUUCAGUAACAUUCAUUCCGCUUCACACAACCUCAUUGUUAGAAGAGAAUGCAUGUAAAUCUAAACGGCAUUCGCUGGCGGUGUGAUAGACGUGUAUUUGUAAAAGUGUGGCAGAUAUAAACCUUUGACCAUCAGUUUGACAUGCAGUGCAUCUAACGUGUACAUAUUUGAAAGUUGCUUUUUUUUUUCUGUAAACGUUUUUGUCAGAUUAAUAAGAUGCUGUUCAACAAAAUCCAUUUUUACAUCUUUUCUAUCGUAUUAGUUAUUUUCGGUUGAAAAUGUCAGCAGCAGAUUGAGUCAGCUUUAAUGUUCGCGUCGUCAACACGGUCAACCUUUAGCUUCCUCAGCCAUUUCCUGAAACCUAUGGAUCCUUGUUUCUGCCAUAGUUGUUUUCUAAAAGAAAUGUUUAAUCCAUGGCAGAAACAAAAUGAGCACGUGACUUUAAUUACAGCUUCAAAUCCUGACUCAGACAUGAUGCUCGAAUCAAAAGGUUUGAGUAGCAACUUAAAGGGACUCCAAUUUAAGUAAAAACGAAGUUGGUUUUCCAAUAAAAACUGCGGUACUACCCUCGUGUUUUAAUUUUGGUGCCAAUGUGCAUGGAGCAAGAGCUUUCGCUUUAUUUAUAAGCUUUAUUAACAUAUUGAGACCAGAUGACUUACAUUUAAGUGGAUUUAAAUGCAACGAAUGACAGUGUUUGGAAGAGAAGAGACCGUUUCCUGCUCUUUGAGAUAAGAUUGGCCUUAAAGCCACGUUGUCUAACGCACAAGAAUUCAAAAAAUGGCCAAAAAUGUAUUAUAUAAAGAUUUUUCUUUUUGGUCAGUGUUGAAGUGGUUUUUAAUAAUAAAGGCUUAUACAUUCA